AUGAUUGGGGCCGCGAGAGAAGGAAGCGACCCGCCCCCGCCGCUUCCGCCGAGGCGGGCCACGACGUCGCGAACCGCGGGGCCGCGCAUCUCCCCAGCGCGUGCGGGCUGCCAAACCAUUCGGGAACACACGAGCAGGGGCGAGCGCGCGUGCAUAUAUAUAUAUGUGUGUGUGUUGCCUCAUUUUUGUAAACGCACUUGUUGCCCACGCCGUUUUUGUUUUUGUUUCUCGUUGCUGUUGUUAUUGUUAUCUUACUCAUUUGUUUUUGUUUUCGUCUUUUUAUUGGAGUGGAACUAUUUACGUGUUUUUUUGCAUAAGGAAUCCAUAUAUUUAUUUAGAUCCAGCAUGUCGGAUGUUGCUAUGUAUGAUGAGGAGCUGAAGGGGCUUGAAGAACAAAUAAGCUCACUUCUUCGAGCACUGGAUUCAGCCACCAAUCUUGAUCAAAGGCUUGAAAAAUAUAACAAAGCUCAAGAUAUUAUGAAGCGAUUGCACAAAACGCACCACCAAUUUAAAGUGGAAGUGCGCUUGCUGGAGGGUAAUGAGCAAGAAGUCUAUGAAAAGCGGGGGCAAAUACAUCUGCUUAGAAUUAAUCAGUUGAAAAUGGAUUUGCAGUCGAAAAAAGUAGAAGAAACGCCUUUUAGCGCAGCCCGGGAAAACUCUGUUUUUUCCUCAAACUCACCAAGUAAUGACGGAAAAGACGAAGCUCGAGCAGUGGCACGACGUGUUAAUACUAUUCAAACCUCUACAUUGGGUUCAUUAGCAAUGACAGAAAGACUUUUGAAUGAUACAGAAACAGUCGGCAUAGAUGCUGCAGCGAAGCUUCGUAGCCAGACGGAACAAAUACAGCGGGUUAACGAGAAUUUGAAUGAAUUGGAUUCGGAUGUGAAUCGUGCAAAGAAAGAGCUUACGGCGUUUAUUCGACGCAUGAUGACCGACAGAAUUAUAAUUUUAUUUUCAGUUCUUAUAUUGAUUGGUAUUAUCACCAUUGUUGUUUUGAAAGUGACAAAGAAGUAG